AUGCCGAUUUAUCAGAUUGCGAUUGGGACGCCUGGAGAAGCAAGCCACCCCGAUGCACUCAAGGCCGCGCUUGCUGAGUUCUUCUCUAUGCUUAUUUUUGUUUUUGCUGGUCAAGGCUCCGGGAUGGCUUUUAAUAAGUUGAGCAAUGAUGGGUCGUCAACUCCAUCAGGACUACUAGCUGCAGCAUUAGCCCAUGCAUUUGCACUUUUUGUGGCAGUAUCAGUUGGUGCAAACAUAUCAGGGGGUCAUGUGAAUCCUGCUGUCACAUUUGGUGCUUUCAUUGGUGGGAACAUCACACUUUUGAGGGGCAUUUUGUAUUGGUUUGCUCAAUUACUUGGCUCUGUUGUUGCCUGCAUGCUUCUUAAGUUUGCUACAGGAGGAUUGGAAAUAUCAGCAUUUGCCUUGUCGUCCGAUAUUUCUGUGUGGAACGCCUUAGUGUUCGAGAUUGUGAUGACCUUUGGGCUGGUGUAUACAGUGUAUGCUACUGCAGUGGAUCCAAAAAAGGGUGAUUUGGGAAGCAUUGCACCCAUUGCAAUUGGGUUCAUUGUGGGUGCUAAUAUCUUAGCAGGUGGUGCUUUUGAUGGUGCAUCAAUGAACCCAGCAGUCUCCUUUGGACCAGCUCUGGUCAGUUGGAAUUUUACACACCACUGGAUAUAUUGGUUUGGCCCCUUGAUUGGUGCCACUAUUGCAGCACUUGUCUAUGAUAACAUCUACAUCAAUGGUGAGAUCACACAUGAGCAACUUCCAGUUACGGACUACUAG